UGCAGGUUUUUAUUAAUCAUACCAUUAAUACUAUGUUAUGGUUGUAUUCACACAGUUGUUGUGAUGAGUGUUAUGGUUGUAUUCACACAGUUGUUGUGAUGAGUGUUAUGGUUGUAGUCACACAGUUGUUGUGAUGAGUGUGUUUUCUGCACUGUGUGUAGAUGGAUGUUUGAGUUUCUGUGUCAUUUUAGACAAACAUCCAAAUGAGAAAUAAAACAUCAAAAUCAUCACCAAAAACACUAUUAAUUCAUUUUUACGUAAAAAAAAAUGUUUUUUACAAGUACUUUAUAACUGCUCCUUUCAUAUUUGUGCUUGUGUGGGAGCGUAAUAUUGUUCAAAUAUAUUCUGAUGUUGUUGUACAUCUUUAAUUUCACAAAAAUGAAUCCUUUGCAUUUGUUCUUCUUGCACAUGCUGUGAGUGUGUGUGUUUGCUGUGUGAGAUUCGUUAGUAUUGUCCUAAGACAGCACCCAUAGGCAAUGACUCUCUCCUCCAGUGUGAGAUGCGAAUUUACAUUUUUAGAGGGUGGAACACUCCUUAAUAUUCAUGAGAGAGUAUUGCUGAUUAGCCAGUGAAUGCCUUAGACCAGAGGUGCCCAACUCCAGUCCUGGGGGGCCAGAGCCCUGCCCAUUUUUGGGUUUCCCAUCAUUUAACACACCUGAUUCAACUCCUUGUGCUAAUUACCACACAGCUCUUGAGCUGCAUCCUUUAUGGUGGAACAGGGAAAUAACUAAGCUACAUUGGGCUCCGGCCCCCCAGGACUGGAUUUGGGCAGCCCUGCCUUAGGAAAAAACAGGCAGCGCAUUGUCGCUGUUAACUGACCAAUCAGGUAGUGCUCCUCUCAUAAAUAUUAAUGAACCAGUCGGUCAUGUAGGGCUUCACUUAUGAAUAUUAAUAAGGUUUCCUGAACCACAGUGCUAAAAGAAAUUUGCGCCCGGGACACACUGGAUGUGCUGCAGAAAAUAUAAUUUCUUUUCGACACCCAUGUUAACGGAUGAGAGCGGCCACGUGCCUGCGCAAGAUGCGGGGCUCACUCCUCGCGGCAGCUGCACCACACUGCGCAGUACGCGGUUCUCUACGGGAGCGUAUUGCAUUCAUCUGAAAAACAAUCAAUUCUGUUUUUCCCAAUUAGUGAGAUAUCUUUUCUGUUGUUCAUGAUGUACGAUCUGUGUAGUUUAAUCCGCUUUUGUUGAUGGUUUGUAGAUGGUAUUAUCAUUAGUUUUCCGACUUUGCGCGGCACCUCUAUUCCGCCCCACUUGACAUUGCAGUGUUUCUCCAGGAUCAGUGUAUACUGUAUGGAAUGUAUGGCGUUUAAUUAGUGCCAAAACUCACGCGCAUAAAAACCACGCACGCGUGUGCGCUCGCGAGCUGAAACCCCAUUCUCUCUACGCGCUCACGUUUGCACAGCACUCGCUCGCUCCACAGGAUGAAUUUUGACACUUUGGAGGCGGGAACAGUGGCUAAUGUCUCUGUUCCUUUUUUUAUAAUAUUGACUACGAUUGGCUAUUUGCUUUGGUAGAAGAUGAAGGUCAGUGACCGCGGUCCUCAUAUUCGAUUUUAUGGCUUUAAUAACUUUUAACGGAAGUAAGGUGUGGGGCGUUUUAAUGACAGAAUCGUGAUGUCUAGUACACAGACAUCGAUUCACAACGAAUAUUUUUGCGCUCCAAACCAUUUCGUGAUUUAUAACGUGAUUAACAAAAUCGUGUUAAUAGCUAAUAUUAUAUGUUCAUUCAACUGUAAUGAUACGGUGGUUUAGCGUUUUGGGCUCAUGGCGACUGUUGCACACCCCUUUGUUUCCCAUACUGCUUUACGUACGAUUUCUAAUUAAUUUUUGAAUAUCCGAAUGUAUCCAUAUGUUACGAAUCCCAGGCUAGGGUUGAGGACCGAUGGAAAGGUAAGGGAAAACGAGAGGGGAAGACGAGAUAACCAAGGGAUGGGAAAAGGAAACAUCUUUUUUGUAUUUUCUUAAUUUAUUCAUACACGUUUACAAACACGAGAUGCAACAAACUCCGGGAGUGACCCAACCUAAAACAACAACCAAAACAGCUAACAGACACGUCCCAAACUAAGCUAACUCUAACGGUAAUGAAAACAAGAGAAAACGAAAUGACAAAGACUGUAUCUUAGUCCCUAACCAAAACCACAGUAAACACCACGUACGCAUAAACAAAAAGGCAGUCACUCUUUACGCACCUAACAGACAUGUACAGAAAACACGCAGGCCGAAACACGGUAACCGAAGGGGCGAGGUAACGAGAGUAGUCAGGAGCCAAGAAAGAAUUUAAAACUAGAAGACAAACAACAGGGAAAGGUACAAAAAGGGGCGAAGCAGAAAACCAAACAGUCAUACAGAAAAGUCAAUCAUAAUAAAAGCAAACCAACACAGCAAGAGCUCGAGAGUGGAGCAUGGGGCAGAAGACUGAAGUGUCCUGUACACCUUCCCAAAGUACUUACGGCACGUAACACGUAUAAUGUGCAAUGGGAUAGUACAUGAAUGGGUUAAUAACUUUAAAACUAGACAAGACGGGCACAUCUAGCGAAGUGUGCUUUGAUAAGGGGAACCCAGGGGACAAUGCACAUCCCUUACAUUUUCAGAUUAUUUUUGUCUGUAAUAGUUAUUAAUUAUUAUAUUGCAUCCACUUAAAGUGCAAUGGGGCAACACACUAAGGGGUUAAUAGCUCUAAAACCAAAUGAGACAGACAUGUCCUAUAUAAAGUGUGCAUUGAUCAGGAACCUGGGGGACAAUGCACCCCCCUUACAUUUUCAGAAUAACUUUCUCUGUAACAGUUAUUAAUUAAUACAUUGUAUCCAUAUCACAUGCCACUGGGGCAAUAGCUCAAACAAAAUGGGACAGCCUAUGGAGUGUGCUUUCAUCAGUGGACUCUGGGGGAUAAUGUACACCCCUUGGAUUUUCAUGAUCACUUUCUGUCUAACAGUUAUUAAUUACUGUUAUUAAUUACAAAUGUACCGUAGCAGAAUUGCUUGAUUAUGUGUCACUGACCGGAUACCUUCAUCUUCUACCAAAGCAAAUAGCCAAUCGUAGUCAAUAUUCAAAAAACCAAUCAAAGGAACGGAGACAUUAGCCACUGUUCCCGUCUCCAAAGUGUCAACAUUCAUCCUGUGGAGCGAGCGAGUGCUGUGCAGACGCGAGUGCGUAGAUAGGGUCCAACGAGCGCGAGCGCGUGGAGAGGAUGGGUUUUCAGCUCGCGAGCACAUACGCGCGCGAGUUUUGGCACUAAUUAAACGCCAUACGCAUGAUUCCCGGAAAUAAGCCGACGCGUGUGAAAUGCAUUCAGACCGGCUUCGCUGUGACUAAAGACCAUGUCAGACAAUCGCUGCAAAUACUGGAUCCUCAUGCAGCGCAACCGUCCCCGGAAUCGUCUUCGGAGGCGUUUGUAUCAGAAUCCAGACUCCUGCCAGCUGACACUGGACCCCAACACAGCAAACAGACGCCUGUCUCUGUCAGGGGGGAACAGGAAGGUGACAUGGGGGGCAAAGCAGCCAUAUCCUGAUCAUCCAGAGAGAUUUGACGGCUGGCCCCAAGUUCUGUGCAGAGAGAGUCUGACUGGCCGCUGUUACUGGGAGGCUGAGUGGGAUGGAUAUGAAGCCCUGAUAGGAGUCACUUAUAAAGGGAUCAGGAGGGAAGAAGAGUGUGACUGUUGGCUUGGAUUCAAUGACAAGGCAUGGAGUCUGAGCUGUAAACCUGACAGUUACUCUGUCUGGCACAAUAAUAAACUGACUCUCAUACCCAUACGGCCCUCAGGCUCCCGCAGAGUAGGAGUGUAUCUGGACUGGGGGGCUGGUGCUCUGUCCUUCUACAGAGUCUCCUCUGAUGGACUGACCCCCCUGUACAGAUUCACCUCCUCAUUCACUGAGUCCCUCUAUCCAGGGUUUUAUGUUUAUAACUCCUCAGUGUCACUGUGACGUGUUGCUGGUUCUCCUGGCAAAAAGGUAAAAUUUCUGCUUUUUAACCUUUAUAAUCCUUUGUACUCUCAAAUGUAUGUUUGACAAAAAUAAGUUUUUCUCUCUGACUAAAAUGUAAUUAAAUGUAAUCCUGAUUGGGGGGGGCUUUCCCCCUCCCCUGUAUAUGUACAUUUUAUAUAUUUACGCCUAUUUACUGUAUUUCCUCCCUGUACAAUGACAAUAAAGGCUUUCUGUUCUGUCCUA